UUAAUCAACGCAGUCAGUGAGCUGUGUCUUGCUCUGUGUGAGAUUGGUGGACCGCGACUCUCAGUGUGUCUACGCUCUAGUUAACGCUUGUUAUCAUUCACUUCCUCUUAUCAGUGACUUGUCAGUAACUGCCGAAAUGUGCGAGGUCAAUGUCUAUGUGUGUUGUGCUAGUCGCAUGUCCGCCACUACCAUCAUGUUUGUGAUGAGAUGACAUCCUAUUCAAUCUUCGUAGAUCGAGCAAGGAUACUCUUUAAGAUGAGUUCAGGACAAGAUGCUAACUACAGUCUCACAAAUAUGCAUUGGUACAAUCGUCUGUCUCCUGAUAUCCGCGUCUGUGGCGGGUAACACGCUAGUCUGUCUAGCCAUCUACAAGAACUCCAAGCUACGGCGGGUCGAGAACCUCUUCCUCGCCUCUCUGGCAGUCUCUGACCUCCUGGUGGCUGUGCUCGUCAUGACCUUCGCCGGGGUCAACGACGUCCUCGGCUACUGGGUGUUUGGUCCGACCCUCUGCAGUGUCUGGAUCUGCGUGGACAUCAUGUGUUCCACCGCCUCUAUCCUCAACCUGUGCGCUAUCUCUCUGGAGCGGUAUCUCCACAUCAAGGACCCCUUCCAAUAUACCGUGAUGGUUACCAAGAAGACUGUGGUGAGUUCCAUCGGAGCACUGUGGAUUGUAUCUGCAGUCAUUUCUGUGUUCCCAGUCUCCAUGGGGAUUCAUCACUCCUCAAUUCCAAAAAAUCCAUCAUCAUCCUGUUCGUGUGUCAUGGACCUUUCACCUGUCUACGCCGUCGUCUCAUCUAUCCUGAGCUUUUGCCUGCCCUGCGUGGUCAUGGUCUCCAUCUAUAGCCGACUCUACCUCACAUCCCGACGCCACUACAAGACCAUCGCCCUGGUCUGCCACCCUGGUGAUCACAAGGCCCCUCUCACAAUCGGCGUCCUAAUGGGCAUAUUCCUCGUGUGUUGGCUCCCCUUCUUCUGCGCCAACAUCCUCGUCGCGUUCUGCAAAACCUGUGUCUCUCCUGGAACCUUCAAGGUGUUCACUUGGCUAGGCUAUUCAAACUCAAUGUUCAAUCCCAUUGUGUACACAGUGUUGAACACUGAUUUCAGAGAUUUUUUAAUAGUACUGUUGUUGAGAAAUCGUUCAUCACAACAAAAAGUGAAUUGUGCAAGGAUUCGGACCUUGAACUUUUCUUUUUCAAAUCGUGCUAUGGUGGAUGACAAAUCUUGUGGUACAGUGCUUGACGAUAAAUUGACUAAUGAAGUUCACUUCUGCUUUUAACUAAAAGUGUACGCUAUAUAAACCUUAAAUAUUAUUAUAUUACGAUAGUGAAAUGUUUCUUAGAUUAACUAAAAUUAAUAAUGCAACAAAUUAUCUUGAGUGUCUUUCUAUUUUUGGAAAUACCAUAGCUCAACGAUUAUGUUUCAAAUCAUACCUAUUGUAAAUAUCAUUCGUUUCAUCGAUAAUGUAUGUUCAUAAAGUAGUGAAAUGUAUAAUGUGAUGUAAAUACUAAUGAGGUUAUAAACUGAGAUGAGAAAUAAAUGAAACAUUUAUCUAG